AUGUUUCUUGCAUGUCCAUUAUGUGAAAGUAAUUUUCAAGAGAAAGUUAUUGAUAAUGUUGUAAGUGGAGCAACUAGAAUUAAACGGUGGCAAUGGGUCAAUAUAAACGGACGUGCAGAAAAAAAGGAAUUUGAAGAAUCAGUUGAUGAAGGUAUUGAAUUGUUGAAAUCCAAAGUUAAAUAUUUUCUAUUUCAUGUCUAUAUUAAGCGUGAACAAAGUAAAUAUUUCGAACAGUUAAAGUCAGAAGUAACAGCUGAAAAAGUUGUUAUACAAGUUGAUUUGGCUGAAACUUUUGGAUUGAAAGAGCAAGACGAAAUUCAAAGUGCUCAUUGGAAUACAAAAACUCUAUCUAUAUUUACAGCUUAUGUAUGGUCUAAAAGUUUAGGUUUUUCAUUUACGCAUCCAUCGAAUGACGUCUCUCACGAUAAAUUUGUUGUAAACUCAGCUAUUGAAAUUAUUUUAAAUGAACUUAAAACACAUGUACCGAAUUUAAAACAAAUUGAUUUCUUUUCUGAUGGCGCAGCCUCACAAUUUAAGCAACGUUUUACGUUUCGUAAUUUAAUUCAGAUUGCUCAUGAAUAUAAAAUAGCUUUAAGUUGGAAUUUCUUUGCUACAAGUCAUGGAAAAGGUGUUGUUGAUGGUCUUGGUGGGACUGUUAAGAGGCUCGUUUGGUCAGCAGCAUUGGCAGAUGAUAAUUGUAAAUCAGCGAAAGAUUUUGUUACGUUAGCGCAACAGAAAACAAAGAAGAUAAUUAUAACUGAAAUUACGAAAAAUGCUAUUGAUAAUUCAAAACUAAAACUAGAAAAUAUAUUUAAAGUAGCUAAAUCUGUACCAGAAACACUCAAAACACAUUCUGUAAAAGUAAUUGAUAAUAAAACUCUUGAUUGUAGAUAUUAUUCAUUAAUUUCAACAAAGAAAAUAAUUAAAUAUGACUAA